AUAAUGGGGGUCGUGAUAACGCCGGGCCCACACGCAUCCACGGUUCCCCGUACCGGCGACGGUCACCGAUUCCGCGGACGAAUUCGUUGCAAUCUCAUCGUGCGUGUGCGUGCGUGUCCGACCAUCAGCGGAACGUGUACCGACGCGUGUACUUUUACAUGUGAUAAUAAUCGUCUCGCGAAAAGAUAAGUAGCACCCGCUUGCACGUCAACUACUGGCGCCCCGACGACGUGUUGCGGAACUCGCACGUCGAUAUCGCUAAACACCGACGACUUGCAACGUUAUGUCAAUCGCAUGGCUUUCGGCCCGUUCCGAAUGACGUUUUAAAUGAACAUCGACGGAAAGCAUAGAAACGCUACGUUACGAAUUGUCCGUUUUCGCGCCCAAUAGCGUCGUCAUUGUCGUUGUCCAGGGCAUCUGCUGCGCACCGCUAUCAACAUGACGGCCCGUCUACCAGCUUCACCGUGGACCAUACUCUUUUUGUCCGUGGCCGUUAUUGUCUCAGGUCUCGCGGACGUCGGCCACGCCAACCAGGUCGUGUCUCGGUUCGAGUAUAAGUACAGCUUCAAACCUCCGUAUCUGGCGCAGAAGGACGGAUCUGUACCGUUCUGGGAGUACGGCGGAAAUGCUAUUGCCAGUGCAGAUAACGUUCGUAUUGCACCAUCUUUGAAAAGCCAAAAAGGAGCCAUUUGGACGAAAAGUCAAACGAAGUUUGAUUGGUGGACAGUUGAAAUAAAUUUCAGAAUCAGUGGAAGAGGUAGAAUUGGUGCCGACGGCUUGGCAUUUUGGUAUACAGCAAAUAAAGGCGAUUACCAUGGUCCAGUGUUUGGAAGUUCUGAUAAAUGGAAUGGGUUAGGUGUGUUUUUCGAUUCUUUUGAUAAUGAUGGAAAGCACAACAAUCCUUAUAUCAUGGGCGUUGUAAAUGAUGGGUCACAAGUUUUCGAUCAUGCCAAUGAUGGUUCCACCCAACAGCUAUCUGGAUGUUUGAGAGAUUUCAGAAAUAAACCUUUUGCAACUAGAGCAAAAAUCGAAUAUUAUAUGAAUACAUUAACAGUAUUUUUUCAUAGUGGUAAUACCAACAAUGAAAAGGACUUUGAAAUUUGUUUCCGAAGUGAAAAUGUUUACUUACCAAAGAAUGGUUACUUUGGUGUAUCUGCUGCUACUGGUGGUCUUGCAGAUGAUCACGAUGUAAAUCAUUUUUUAACGUACAGUAUUUACCCACCGGGAACAACAUUCAAACCAUCUGGAACAUCUCAGCAAUCUAAUUUGGAUGAAGAACAAAAAUUGACCAGAGAAUAUGCAGACUACCAACGUAAAUUGGAUCUAGAAAAAGAAGAUUAUAAAACUAAACAUCCAGAAAAUAAACCAAGAGAAGAUAGUGAGUUUGAAGAUUGGUAUGAAACUGAUAGCCAAAGAGAAUUACACCAGAUAUUCUCCGGUCAAAGUCAAAUUGUUGAUUCUGUGAAAGUAUUAAGCCAAAAACUGGAUGAAGUUGUUGGCCGCCAAGAACGGACUCUUGGUUUAUUAUCAAAUGUUCAAUCUACCCUGUCAGUGGUUGGGACACUUGGUGGUACUCAAGGACAACCAAAUGUACCAAUGCCACAGAUGAAUGCUGGUAUGGCAAGAAAUGAACUUGAUUCGCUUAUAAACAACCAAAAUAAUAUCAUUACCUCCAUAAGAGGACUUAGAGAUUUUGUGGCAGAAGUACAUUCAAAGGCUGACAGCAUAAUCAAAAAUCAAGUCCACCAGCCCACAGCACAAGUUCAACCUCUAGGUUAUGAUCAUGUAUCAAUGAUGCAUGAGAUUAGAGACUCGUUGAAUACAAUCAAACGUGAUACAACACAAAAGUCUGGUUAUGCACAACAAACGGCGUGUCCUACUUGCGCAACUAACACAUUUGUUUUAGUUGUUGCAGUAGUCCAAUCGUUAUUAUUUGUCAUCUAUGCUGCAUAUAAGAUUAAGAAAGAGGAUCAAGCCAAGAAAUUUUAUUGAA